AUGGCACGAUGGACCGAGAACGUGGGUCAGUCGCUUUCCGCUCGCAUAAUCAAUGUACAUGUAUACACGCGAGAACAUCGUCGACGUUACCGGUCUCGUUAACGUUCCUUCCAGCUCGUUAUUUCUACAGGGGAGCGUGCCGGCCUAAAUAAUUGGAGCACAUCGUCGACAUCGACGUCGACGUCAGACGUUCCUCCCUUACCCUUCCUCGCUGCUUCUGGUUUCAAGCUAUCUUCGUUUCGCUUUCUCCUCCCGUGUCUGCCUCGCACAUGCGUAGAACGUCCACACGAGCAUACACGCGACACAUAUACACAGGCACACGUACACACAUUAACAGAGUGAAACUGCACCGAUCGUUUGCCGACGCGACGUGUCGAUGUGCUCCUUCUGGAUGCAAGCUUUUCUAAGCUCUCUCGCGGCUGCGGCGUAAGACGCGACCAAGCGAAUCGAUCUGCUCGACGACGAGAGAUGACGACGACGACGACGAGAACGAAUGCGACAACACAUACGUCACCACAGAAGCUGCCGUCAACGUCGUGCGUCCCCAACGAUGUUACCCGUUUCGCUCUCUCCUGUAUGUGCCUCGAGUUCCGUCGAGAAGCACACUACUCUAUAGACAUAUACUGCUUCCAAAGAGCAACAAGAUCGACGACAGUCACGCUCCAUUACGGAUUUCGUUGUACGCGUAGAUAACCGCGGCGAGCGCGCCGAAGAAUCGCGGCUGAUUAUCGUCAUUUCCGUUCAUUGUAGUGGUACACCAGUAUUAUCAGUCCGAGGUAAACAACGAGUACGUGAUACGCGGCAACGCGGCUAUUCUCAAGUGCAGCAUACCGAGCUUCGUCGCGGAGUUCGUUCAAGUAGUCGGCUGGCAGGACGACCAAGGGAACUCUUUUAACCCGGACGAAAAGAACGUCGUGACUCAGUACUACGAAGCGGAGGUCGUGUCCGAAUACGUAAUACGCGGGAACGCAGCCAUCUUGAAGUGUACCAUACCGAGCUUCGUCGCGGAAUUCGUGUCGGUUGACUCCUGGGUAGGAAGCGACGGUUCAACCUUCAAACCGACCAACGACUACGCGUUCGUUUCGGAGCUGUUUCCGUCCAGUAGCUUGCUUUUCCGUGCAGUCGUCACGCAGCCUUAUCAGCCGGAGAUCCUUACGGAGUACGUGAUCAGAGGGAACAGCGCGAUCUUGAAGUGCAGCAUCCCGAGUUACAUCGCGGAGUUUGUUACGGUCGAGGCGUGGAUCAGAGAGGACGGGGAGGUGUAUCUUCCGGAGGAUCCGGCUGUUGGCCAGGGUACUACGGGAGUUCGACUUUACCAAGGCUUAGUUAGACACGUCUCACGGUGAAUCUCCUCCUUGCUGGCAAAGCGGCGUGCGAUAACUUCCCUCCUUGUGUCUCGAUUAAAGCUGGGUUUAUAUCAUUCGUGUCUGACACGGAACAGUUCUACGAUACAUUGGACUGGCUGUAUUCAGACGUAUUAAAGUUCAUUUAUACCAUUUCCGACUAUUUAGGAUCAAGAACGUAAGAAUAUUCAAAAACAUUGGAACCUUUCGUGUUUUUCUGAUGAAAUGUAAAUGAUUCGUUUUACUUUCUCGUGUAUAUUUCAAAGAAGUAACAUAGUUUUUAUACUUUGAUAUUUCAAUGUUUUUUCAAACAUUUUCGAACGCUUGCGUUUGAUCGAGGAUUUCUUGCCGAUCUGACACGAAAUGAUUACUCACUGGUAUUUAUAGUAAAAUCGAUUUAUACUAUCUCUGAAAAGUCAUCCAAACCUUCUUGCAAGCUUUCAAAUUUAAAUUAUUUGCUAAAGUAUUAAAAAAAUUUUAGAUCAUCUACUAAAACAUUCACGCAAUCAAAUCUUUUUAAUUCAAAUCGAAAUAUUGGAAAAUUACUCAGCUAGAAUAAAAAUUUGCUUCGAAAAAUUUAACACUGACAGUUUUUUCUCGGAGAUUGAUUGCGGAGGAUUAAAUAUAAAUGAUUAAUUUUGUUUUUCCAUAUAUUUCAAAUAAAUGCAAUUGUUUUCUGUACUUCAAAGGUUUCAAUACUUUCAGUGUUUUUUGAAUAUUUUCUUGCUUAACCGACACGGAAUGACUCCGAUACAGACACCAGUAUUCAUAUUUCAGUAGAUAUUCACACGUUUGUCGACACAGUGAUAUCCCAUUGCAUCGGUCAAUCAAUAGAAAGGGAUUCUUUAAAGCAGUAAAAUAACAAGUGGAAAUGUUUUCUUAUUUAAGUACGUAAGACUAUAAUAGCAAUGUAUCAUUAAUAAAGCGUGGAUUUUUUUUACAUUUAUUGAAAAUCUUAAAAUUGUACAGAGUUCAAAAGACGUAA